GUCAAGGGAGUUGGGACCUCCGCGGGAAGCGAGAGAGGAUGAUGACCGCCCAUCCAUGGCGGCCCUAUGUCCUCCUCGUCCUCGCGAUCUCCAUCCCUCUUCUCCUCUUUGAAUCCCUCUUCUCCCAUCUCAUCUUCGUUAACCGAGCUCGCCCUCGCAUCAAGCGCUUCGCCGAACUCCCUCUCCGGUUCCGCUAUGAUGGCACGUUCAAGAUACUCCAGGUGGCGGACAUGCAUUUUGGGAAUGGGAAAGCGACGCGGUGUAAGGAUGUAUUGGAUUCGGAGUUUGAGUGGUGCUCGGAUUUGAAUACCACGAGGUUUCUCAGGAGGAUGAUUGAGGCUGAGAGGCCUGAUCUCAUUGCUUUUACUGGGGACAAUAUAUUUGGGCCAAGUGCAACUGAUGCAGCUGAAUCCCUUUUCCGAGCUUUUGCUCCAGCCAUGGAGUCGAUGAUUCCAUGGGCUGCAAUCUUGGGUAACCAUGACCAAGAAUCUAGCAUGAAUCGGGAAGAGUUGAUGUCGUUGGUAUCCCUCAUGGACUACUCUGUAUCCCAGGUCAAUCCACCUAGCGCGGGAGGGACCAUGAGAAUUGAAGGGUUUGGUAAUUAUCACAUUAAGGUCCAUGGUGCCCCUGGGUCGGGGUUGGAUAACACUAGCAUCCUCAAUCUCUACUUCCUUGACAGUGGUGACCGUGUGGUUGUCAGUGGCCGCAAAACUUAUGGAUGGAUAAGGGAAUCUCAACUCAAUUGGGUUCACUCCAUCUCUCAACAGUCUCAGCUGCAGGUUGAAUCACAAUCAUUGUCUCCUGCCUUGGCAUUCUUCCACAUCCCAAUUCCAGAGGUUCGAGAUCUCUGGUUCAAGAAGAUUAAAGGUACUUUCCAGGAGUACGUCGCCUGCUCUUUUGUAAACUCCGGGGUUUUGAACACCCUUGUUUCAAUGAGAGAUGUCAAAGCGGUCUUUUUCGGCCAUGAUCAUCUAAACGAUUUCUGUGGCGAACUCAACCAUAUAUCAGUCUGUUAUGGCGGAGGCUUUGGCUACCAUGCUUAUGGAAGGGCUGGCUGGCCCCGGAGAGCGAGGGUGAUCAAAGCCGAGCUUCGUAAGGGCUCAAAGACAUGGAUGGGCAUCCAAAAUAUUCUAACAUGGAAACGAAUUGAUGAUGAGAGGCUGACUAAGAUUGAUGAUCAAGUCUUAUGGUCUCAUGCUGAUGAUGAAGAAGAGGAUUCAAGCCAUUCUCAAAAGGAUGUGUAGUAACAAAUUACUCUGCUCAUUGUAUAAUGAUUGGUUUAUAUAUAUAUAUAUAUAUAUUUUAGAAAGGCGACAAGUGCCUGAACCCAGGGUUCACAUGGGGGAGCCGCGCUCACCACUGAACCGUGCUCUUACCUUGCACGAGAUGAGGAUCGAAUUCGGGGAGCCAUGUUCAACACUCGAAGUGAACACCCUACGCGAAAGACCUGAUGCCAAUAGACCAAAUGGUCGUUGACGGUUUCUAUAUUGUAACAUCAUUGUACUUUAUGGAUAGAACUUUAGUUCAUUUCAGUGUAUUUUGAUCUUGUAUCAGUCUUGUAAAUUUUUAAGGAUAUACUCACUUUCCAUUCUCAGAUGGGUGCA